CAGUGAAGCAUUGAUACUGUUUUUGAGACGUUUUUUGGUUUGAUGUUUACCUUUGUGUUCUUGGUGAAUACCGACAUAUUAUAACAGCCUGCGCACCAAAAAAGACUGUAAGGUAUACAACGAUUUUCUGAAGAGAUGUUGACUGGCGCCUUACCCGAAUAUUCAACGUUUAGCGGUACUGGUGGAACAAUCACGUCACAAGGGUUGCCACAUGAUAAUCUGUAUGAUACUACAUCAUCCAGCAGCAAUGCAACACAAUGGUAUGACUUUACUACAAUUACUCCCGACAUUUCUAAUGUUACAAAAACUGUCAAUUUUCCGGAUUUGCACAAAUUGGAAUGGGAAAAAUUUCUUGACAAAUACAUUCCUGUGGUGGUGUAUCUGACAAUACUUUGUGUGGUCGGGUCUAUUGGAAAUGCGCAUGCGUUUCUCGUUUACUACUUUCGUUAUAAGACUUCGAACCACAAGAUGUUUGUAGUGUGGUUGGCUGCCGUUGACUUCGUUGCCUGCACUUUCAGUAUUCCAUUCGAAAUCAUGGACGCCCGACAUAGUUAUACAUUUACAUCAGUAAGCGCGUGUAAGGUGUUCCGUUUCCUGAACCACUUCGUCAAUUUGUGUUCUGGUAUACUACUUGGAGUAAUAGCAGUAGAACGCUACCGGAAAGCAUGUGUUCCAAUGGGGAGACAACUUUCUGCUAAGGAGGCAAAAUAUUCAUGUUUUGUUACUGUCAUAGUUUCGAUUGUUUUGUCCAUCCCAGCUCUUAUCUUCUAUGGACCAACAUCCAAACCUGUUGACAACUUUCCGGAGAUCAUCGGAUCCGAUUGUACUGUUUCCAAGCUGUAUAAGAAAACAUUUUUUAAGAUUUAUUCUUCUUUGCUACUUUUAUUGUGCACUGUUGUCUUCAUUGUCUGUGUCGUUACUUAUACAUUCAUAGGACGCGUUCUAUAUCGACAAAUGAAAUUUCGACGUGCGUCUCAAACGGCGUCGCCAAAGCAACGUCUCAGCAGCUUAUCGUCAUGCAGAGGUGGAGCAAUCAGUUCGGAUGGCGGGGUAACGACCACACUUAAAAAGGACGAAUACUCUGCACAAGUCCAUGAGGACGAAUCAAGUUAUGGCGAUCAUAACCGGAAAUCAUUGACGAGGUCUCUGUCAGCAGUGUCUGCCUUCAAAAUGUCAGCGAAAAAAAUGAAGAUUUUUGACAGAAGUAAACAGAUCACUUUUAUGUUUCUCGUUGCAACAGCAGUAUCGUACGCGGGCUACCUUCCUCAUCUCGUCCUCGUCAUCAUACAAGGUGUCAGUCGCGCAACAUACAACAACAUCUCAGUUUCAACAGGUGCUCUUAGUUCAAUUCUCAUACGAGGGUAUUUCUUGAGUAAUGUGACUAACCCUCUUGUGUACUGUUUCCUUGACGACCGUUUCAGACGGGAGUGUAAAAAGAUGUAUUGUCAGUUGAAGCACUGCUUCAAUCCUAAGCGUUUUAACUGAUUACAUAAUGGCGAGGGCCAGCAAUAUAUUAUAUAUAUUAUAAGUGUAUAUCUGUUCAUGUCAGUAACUUUUAUAUUCAAUGUUGUUAAUACAUGUAUUUGAAUUUUGUUUAACAAUUCAAAGGCAAUUUAGAGCAAUUGAUAUUUGACAAGGAUGUGUUAGAAGCAAAUUCUCUCAUUUUGAUUAAUUUUCAGGUAACUGGUGGAAGACUAAAAACUGUUAAACAUUUUGUAAACUAUUUUAAGCUUUAUUCGUGUGUACAAUUAUUUGAGCUUUUUAUAACCUUUCAACAAAAUCGCAUUAGCCUACAACAAAACCAACUUCAGACAGACAAUCUGAACACUAAAUAGGGUAGUGUCAUCAAUUUUAUUAGGUCAGUACGGACGAUUCACAAGUUUUAAUAGUUUUGCCUUCUGACGCCUUCUGGUAAAAGUUAUAUAUAACUGAAUAAUGUUACUGGUCUUCAAAAUAUUGUGAAAACUUCAUUCCUUCUUUUCCCCCAUUUCCCGUUCUUAAAGUGACAGCUUGAUUAUAGGCAUUAUUGUAGUAAUGGUGAUUCAAUUUUGAAAUGUAUCGGAGUUUCAAUUUACAUAAAAUGGAUUUUCAAUCUAUUUGAAGAGAUUUACGUUAGGCAUAAUUUGUACUUGUAGCUAGCUUUAGAUAUUAUAGGUGCGAAAAAUCUAGUCAGAGAUGGAAAUAUGUAUAAAAUAUCACGGACAUGGUUUUUAAAAAUUAAUAUAUAGAGAUAAACUCCAAUUAAAACCAACUGCGACACAAGCUAUCAGCUGAUAUUUAUCACUCUUGCUGGCCCGGACGGAAGCGUGGAAAUCUGGCAUGGUUGGAUAGAUAACCACCAUAUCUUUUUCACUUCCGCUCGGGGAUUUGAACCCCAGCCGUCUAUAAUAUAAACUUUAUUUAUUUUACAACAAUUGCGAAACAAGUUAUGUUAACUUAUACUAAUCACUCUUGUUGGCCCGGAUGUAAGCGCGCGAGGGGUCUUAUUGUAGGAGGAAACCGGAGUACCCGGGGAAAACCCACGUGGUCGGUCAGGUGACCCCUUACCUUUUCACGUCUGUUCCGGGAAUCGAACCCCGGUCGACUAGGUGAAAGUUGAAUGCGUUAUCACUACGUCACCGACUACCGUAAUUGAUAUGUAAACUAUGAGUUUGUUGUCAAAUAGGACCGAAACGAGGUUAAUUAUACAGUCGUUUUUACACGUCACUAUUUUGAAUUUUAAACAUUUAUAUUUUUAUCUCCUGACUAACGCAAACGAUAAUUGUUUUGACAAGGAGGAAUUUUACAGACUUUGGAAUUCGGAUAUGAUGAAAUACAUUGCUUUUUUUGCUUACGACAAUUUAGAGCGACUCGGACACUAGCAGCAUUUCGUUUUGAUGUUGUUGACAUGAGCGCUGUAGCAAAGUAAAAAACAAAACGUUAUUUUGGCGUCGGGCGUUGGAAUUUGGUAAGCUAUUAUGACAACUUUGACUAUUUUAUAAGGAACAAUGACGGCUUUGUAUGGUAAAUACGGUUAUUUUACAGAGGAGAGGGGUCACAUGAUAUAGGUAUGAAAAUUGUAACACUUUCAGCAGCAGGCAUAAUCGUAUAAGCAUGAAGAAUCCAGGUUAAUUAGUCGAGGACGAAAUCGGACAAGUGUGACAUUUAGAGUUAUUUUUAUCUGUGGUACGAAGUUAAAUAAGUAAAAAAGCUAGGGAUAAUUUGUCCGAGACAUGCCAACUAAGGUCGUUAUUCAAGUAAACUAUUUAGGAUUAUUUUGUCACAGGGAAUGAGUUAGCUAGAUUUGACAACCGAGGUUAAAUUGUCAGGACCAAUGUGGGACAGUGUAGAUUAUAUUGUCGGGCCGAUGAGAUCAUGAUAGCUAUAAAAACGUGGAUUAACUUGUCAGGCAAUUGAUCGGCCUAAUACAAGUAAGAUUGAUGUUAUCGCUUAGGUUGUCAAUAACAACACUAAUUUACCUGCAUUUCUAGCAUUUUUAUUGGACUUUUGCUAUUGUCAGAUAAAAAGUAUCAGUGUUACAUAAUGUAAAAUGUAACGCAGUUUGAACGAUAAUGACGACACACAAGGAAAUAUACAUCACGAUUCUUUGUUUUGCUCUCAGAUUUCCCCGAAUUCUCACUGCUCUCCUCUUCCAAUUUUAUAUCUAUGAAAAAAAUGUGUUUGCUACAAAGAAACGUAAUAAGUGAUAAUAUAUUACCAAUGAUCAGAUACAUUACAAAGUGAUCUGUAUAUAUGUACGAGACCAGGAAAUGUUAAGACCUAUACAUAUUGCUUAGCCGAUGCAUUAAAUACGACGUGGUCCAGAGUAA